CAACAACAACCACCACAACGGUCCCCACAGGCCAGGUAGCGCUGCACCCUUUUGGGUGGCAUCGCUAGGCAGCCUUCAAUCGUGUUCCUCUUGGCGACACAUUCGGGACUUGCCAGCGCUCAGCGCCACUCCAGCCACCCCCAAGCACCUGCUGCUAGCCGAUGUUCAUGGAGCUAUGGGCAGGAAGCAUCUCAUCACAGACUCUUUCCAAGUGGUGAAGAAGAGGAGGAGGAAUAGUAAGGAAGUAAAAAAGGCUCAGAGCUCUCCCUGUGGGACAGUCCAGGCAGAAGCUCUCCUGCUAGAUGCCGUGCAGCCAGACCAGGUAGAGAUGCUGAAGCAGUUUGAUCUCAGCUGGGAAUUUGGGCCCUGCACUGGAAUUACCCGCUUGCAGCGCUGGGAGCGAGCCGAGUUGCUGGGACUGAACCCCCCUGUCGCUGUGAGAGAGCUGCUGCUGAAGUUCAAGGGGAAUCCCUCCAUUAUGCACAGUUUGUGGCAUGAAUACUCACUCUGAGAAGAACAACUGGUGAUACCUCAAGCUGAGGAGCCCCUGCUGCUUUGAUGUGGUUGCCAAAUGAACAAUUUCUUCAUUCCUAUAAUGCAAAUAGUCUUUUGUACAAGAAAAGGGCCCUGGGAAGUUGCUGAGGAGUUCCUGAAGGCCUACCAGCUGGCACCUGGAAACAGCAUUCUGACCCCAACCUGCCUGCAGAAAGCCUGGGCUCUUUCCUAGAAAUUGCUGUUGUCUCAUGGAUACAAUAAUAAAAGCUUGUUAAGACAGACA